GAUCAGUUCUUAAUCUAACUUUCAGCUAGACAGUACUACCAAGCACAAUGUCUAACCCAAAUAGCCCAUUUAGAGGGUUACUAAUCUGCUGUUUUCUAGCAAUAUUGCAGUGCAUAUCCGCAGAGGUGGGCAAACUAGUCUGCUUCUACGAUGCAAAGAGUUUUGUCCGGGAAGGCCCCGCCCAAAUGUCGCUGGCUGAACUGGAGCCCGCCCUACAGUUUUGCAACUUUUUGGUCUACGGUUAUGCGGGAAUCGAUUCGGAGACCUAUAAAAUCAAAAGUUUAAUUCCUUCCUUGACAAAUGGCCAACAGCAUUAUCGACAAAUUACCGCUUUGCGUAAAAAAUAUCCUCACGUAAGAUUCCUUCUCUCUGUGGGCGGUGAUCAGGAUUUGAAUAGCGAGGGCUUGGUAGAUAGUGGUAAAUAUCUGAGAUUACUGGAACAGCCAGAGCAUAGGAGAAGUUUCCAGGCUAGUGUUAUAGCCGAACUGAACAGCAAUGGCUUCGAUGGACUCGAUCUUGCCUGGCAAUUUCCCAAAAACAAACCCAAAGUUCAGCAGGGAGUGAUUAAGCGAGUUUGGGGCUCCGUUAGAGGAUGGUUUAGAUCCUCAUCGGUGGAUGAUAAGUCCGAGGAGCAUCGUCAGCAAUUUGCCACGCUUCUGGGUGAACUUCAGUCGGAUCUGCGUCGCGCUGGUCAACUACUGACUGUCAGCAUGUUGCCUCAUGUUUCGGCAGAACUCUUCAUUGAUAUACCCACUGUUUUGGGUCAUGUGGACUUUGUCAACCUGGGCACUUAUGAUUUCCAAACCCCGGAACGGGAUCCCAAUGUGGCAGAUUUGCCUGCCCCACUGUAUGCCAUGUACGAUCGGGAGCCCAGUCACAAUGUUCAGUACCAGGUGCAAUAUUGGUUGAAUCAGACAUCAGAGAUCAGUGCCCAUAAGCUGCACGUCGGGGUGACCAGUUAUGGACGUGCUUGGAAUAUGACCAGGAACUCUGGAAUCACAGGCUAUCCUCCGAUACCAGCGGCCAAUGGUGCUGCUCCUGGGGGCAGGCAAACUGUAACACCCGGAUUACUUAGCUGGCCAGAGACGUGUGACUUGCUGCAACAGCAACUGCAGGAGCGGGAAGCUCCACACCUUCGUAAAGUAGGUGAUCCCACCAAACGGUUUGGCGUCUACGCUUAUAGAGCCGCCGAUGACCAUGGGGAGAAUGGUAUAUGGGUUGGCUACGAGGAUCCCACAACGGCGGCUAUCAAGGCUGGAUUCGUUCAAGCCCAAGGAUUGGGUGGAGUGGCCUUCCAUGAUCUGUCCCUGGAUGACUUUCGAGGUCAAUGUGCUGGCGAAAAGUUUCCCAUUUUGAGAAGCAUCAAAUAUAAGCUGUAGAUGAAAUUUUUCCAUAUCUAAAAUUUUAUAAAUUUUCCAAUGAAAAACCA